AUGAAGGAUGCCGAAUCUGGUUUUGAAUGCCACACCAUGAAAGUCACAGAAACAAAUUUAAGCACAUUAAAGGAAAGCAAUGGAGACCAGGAAGUUCUGGAAAUCUUGGGGAUGCUUCAACUAGAGAUGAGCUUGAAGCAGCAUGUGAUUCUGAAGCCAGUCGCCCAGCCCCAUGUGCGCGAGGGCGACGGGCAGCUGACCUUCGGGGACGCGGGCCUGGACCGAGAGCGGCUGUGCGGCCCGUCCCCGCAGUGCGUGCUGGCCUUCGACGUGCUCAGCUUCUCGCAGGAGCAGUUCCGGCUGGUGCACGUGGAGGUGGAGGUGAGAGACGUCAACGACCACGCGCCGCGCUUCCCCCGCGCCCAGAUCCCCGUGGAGGUGUCCGAGGGCGCGGCCGUGGGCACGCGCAUCCCGCUGGAGGUGCCGGUGGACGAGGACGUGGGCGCCAACGGGCUGCAGAGCGUGCGCCUGGCCGAGCCGCACAGCCCCUUCCGCGUGGAGCUGCAGACGCGCGCGGACGGCGCCCGCUGCGCCGACCUGGUGCUGCUGCGGGAGCUGGACCGCGAGAGCCAGGCCGCCUACAGCCUGGAGCUGGUGGCCCGGGACAGCAGCCGCCCGCCGCGCUCCGCCAUGGCGGCGCUCAGCGUGCGAGUGCUGGACGCCAACGACCACAGCCCGGCCUUCCCGCGGGGCGCCGUGGCCGAGGUGGAGCUGGCGGAGGACGCGCCCGUCGGUUCGCUGCUGCUCGACCUGGACGCCGCCGACCCCGACGAGGGCCCCAACGGCGACGUGGUCUUCUCCUUCGGCGCGCGCACCCCGCCCGAGGCGCGCCGCCUCUUCCGCCUCGACCCGCGCUCCGGCCGCCUCAGCCUGGCGGGGCCCGUGGACUUCGAGCGCCAGGACACCUACGAGCUGGACGUGCGCGCGCAGGACCGCGGCCCCGGGCCCCCCGCCGCCACCUGCAAGGUGAUCGUGCGCAUCCGCGACGUCAACGACAACGCGCCCGACAUCGCCGUCACCCCGCUGGCUGCCCCGGGCGCGCCCGCCGCCUCCGCCACCUCCGCGGCCAACGCCGCCAACGCCGCCAACGCCGCCAACGCCGCCAACGCCGCCGCGCUCGGGAGCACGGAUGCCACCUGGCCCGAGGGGUCCGGGGCGCCCGAGGCCGGCGCCGUGUCCCUGGUGCCGGAAGGGGCGGCGCGCGAGAGCCCGGUGGCGCUGGUCAGCACCUCGGACAAGGACUCGGGCGCCAACGGGCAGGUGCGCUGCGCCCUCUACGGGCACGAGCACUUCCGGCUGCAGCUGGCCUACGCGGGCAGCUACCUGGUGGUGACGGCGGCGGCCCUGGACCGCGAGCGCAUCGCUGAGUACAACCUGACCCUGGUGGCCGAGGACCGCGGCGCGCCCGCGCUCCGCACCCUGCGGCCCUACACGGUGCGCGUGGGCGACGAGAACGACAACGCGCCGCUCUUCACGCGGCCGCUCUACGAGGUGUCGGUGCGCGAGAACAACCCGCCCGGCGCCUACCUGGCCACCGUGGCCGCCCGCGACCCGGACUUGGGCCGCAAUGGCCUUGUCACCUACCGGCUGCUGGACGGCACGACUGCGGAGUGGCGAGCGCUGCGGGGCUCAGACGCUCGAAGGUGGCUCCUCAGCCCCCGGGGGGAGGAGGCCCUGGAUUAA